AACAAAAAAACGAAAAAUUCUUUAAAGAGAAAAAAAAGGGAAAAAACAAAAAAGUUAAAAAGAAAAAGAAGAGAAAACUUGCGAAAGAGCUGAAACAACAUGGAUCUAUUUUUACAGAGCUAAGAAAGAGAGAGGUAGGGAGAGAAGAGAGAGAGGAAUGGAUGAAAGUAUUUAUAAGUGUGUAUUAAAAAAGGGUCUUAAGAAAAAAAAUUGUAAAAUUUUGCAACAAUAAAUAACUGUAAUAACAAAAAGAAAGAAAAACAAAAACAUUGCGCGGCAAGGCAGCAAAAAGCGUUGAGCAACAACAAAAAAAGAGAACCACUUUAAAGCAGAAUGAAAAGAAGGACAAGGAACCACAUCAAAUGUUUAUAAAGCAUGUCUAACAACAGCCGCCGUUUACCGCACCCCCAGCUACCAAAAAAAAAGAAACCCGAAAAAGAUUAUGAAAUGGAAAAUAAAGCUUAAGCGGAAGCGGAAGCGGAAGACGAGGAACGGAACAGGAAAUGGAAGACAAGAUCAACAACCGAGAAAACGUUUUUUUUUUUUUGUCAACUAUGUAUUUUUUAUAGUGAAAUAUUUUUAACAAAAAAAAAACAAAAAAAAAGCAAAAACAAAGAAAAGUAAAAAACAAAUUUUCUAAAGGCAGUUUAAAAAGUUUACAAAAAAACCAAACGAAAUGCAAAAUGCGUAAAAAAAUUUCGAGUAUGUAUGUAAUUGUAAAGAAAGAAAAACAAAAACAAAAAUGUAAAUGUUGGUUCAAGGAACAUGCAAAGCGACGCACAGCGCGACUUUAGAAAGUAGCUCAAAACAACAAAACAAGAAAACAACAAAACAAAAACGAUACUCAAAAUCUGAUACUGAAACUGGUACUGACAGUGAAACCGUAACCGUAACCGUAACCGUAACCGUAACCGUAAACGAGACCGUAACUGAAACUGAAACUGUCUAGGCCAUAGCGUGAUAUGUACAUACAUCCAUUUUGAGCGAGUCUUCGAUCAUCUGUAUCUGCGUUCGAAUAAUUUGUUUAUGAUCUGAUGCAAAUGUAUAUUGUAAUGCACGCGCUGAAAUUCCGAGUACAAUAUUUUUACUAACGAAAGUCUGUAUCUAGCUCUAAAACUCUACCACUCCACACCUUUCUCGUCCACACCCACUCGCAGGCAGAAGCCCCAGAAGUCGCGUUGAGCCAGCGCGGACGCAUAUCACACUCCGAAAACUGUAAUCCGAAAACAUCCGUGAUUCGUAUCAGAAAUAGAGAAAGAAAGAGAGAAGGAGAAAUAUUAAAAGGCUUCAACUACUUCGCACCACCAGCAAACAAAACAAAACAAAACCAAACAACAAAAGAAAUUAAAAGAAAAGAAAAUAAAGAAAGAAAGAAACGUAUUCAAUGGAGAAGGCAAGGAAUUUGUAAUACAUAUUAAGUGCUAUUUGAUUUGGAGACUCUUGCUAACUUCAAACACGAUAUCAUUAUUUUGUUGUACAAAAAACAGAGAAGAAAAAUAAAAACCAAAACGAAAACAAAAACAAAAACAAAUACCAAGCAAAGCAACAAAUCUUAAGGAUCCAAUUUUACAGAGUCCACUCAUAAUUCCUCUAAGCAAACGUUUCCCAUUUUUGGCAAUGCAAUCCUAUCCUAAGUGUUAUACAACAAAAAAUAUUCUGUAGAUGCUGUGGUUUCUUUACCAGCUACAUAUGUGUGAUUUAUACUAAUUUUGUACUUGUUGUUGGCCAAAUUCGAGUUAUUCAGAUGAUUUGUGAUUAAAACAGAAAAUUUUACAAUUAUUUUUCUUGAUUUUUUUUCUCUACCUUUCCUAAGUAAUUUGUACUUUCCCUACUCUCUGUUUAGUUUUGGUCCGAAUUACCGCGUACUUUUUUUUAUUCAAUUACUGUGUACAUCAACGUAAGACUAAUUAUUUAAUUGAAACAAAAACGAGUAAAAUAAAACAAAAUGUAUAAAAACUUUUUGAGAAAACCAAUAAAAAAAACAAUAAAAAUUUUAAAUCAAUAGAUUAUUUUGACUAACGCAUAACGUCCGAUCGAAUAUUACGAUGGGAUUGUUUCCCCUUAAAGGUUUAAAGAUCUCCACCUGAGGACGAUCGUAUCGUAAAUACAUAUUGUACAUCUAUGUAUAUCCGGAUAAUCCAGUUAUUUGAAUUUACUUCAAGAUUUAUACGUACUUAUGUCCGCAUCUUUAAAUAUAAAUAGCAUAUAAGUAUAAAAACAUCAUCGAGUAGAUAGACAUACGUAUUCAAGGGUCUGCUUUAGUUGUAUUACCGUAUAUCUAUGAGUACCGUAGUAUGUUCGGACCUUACCGUGAUUUUGGCGAUUCUUAGAUUAUGAUACAGGUUAUAACUUAACUUUCCGCUGGACCCGACAAGGAACCCAUGUACAUAUAUGUAUAUUUCUCUAUAUAGCAAAGCACACUAUUCCGGCCGGAGCCGAGCUGCCGCUGCUGUACCUGGAUCGGCAUUGUUCUGGUGGAACCAGAGGAAUCCAAUUUAAAAUGUUAAUUUGGAGUCUUACAGAAAGCACUGGUGCCUCGACAUUGAAAUAACCCUCAGUACUCAGUUUCUAUAUCUAUUAGAUAUGUACACACAUAUUCGUGUAUUUAGAAUGCAUGAGAAUGAAAGAGCAAGCUGUGAAGAGAAACAAAAAGAGAGGUCGUGAGUUCUUUGGAGUAUACUAAACGAACGCUGCUAGGCCGCUCUGGGGGGGGGGCUCACCCACAGCUGGGAAUUUGUUUUCCUCAUUCCGGGUAGUAGAUUAGGAUCGAUAAAACAUUAAUAUUAUAUCAACGAUGUGUGAGGGUAAGAGUGGGUGCCCAUAUCGCUGAUCAGGAGUACCGGGCUGGUAAUCAAGCCAGGUUCGGACUUAACUGUUAUUUUGAAAUUUCAUAUUGCAUAAACAUUAUAAACAAGUGAAAACGUACCGCUCGACACACUACAGGCUGUGAGGAGUCAUUCUCCAUUGGGUCCUUCAGCGCUCGAGGGGGCUGCACAAGGAAUUCGUCGCCCUUGAGAGAUGUGUUCAAGCGGAUCCGUGACAGGAUCCACAAGAAGACGACGGAGGCGCCACAACGCUUUCCUUCCUGUUCGCGGACUCCGAGCGGUGGAACUGAUCCUUGUGCUGAUCCCACUCACUCCGAUAGUCUUUGUACGGGCUGCUGGUGGAGACACUACUGUAAAAUAUAGUAGAGCUAUCCCCACAGUAUCACAUCGCAUGGAGCAAAUUUGGCAAAAGCUGUCUUGACAGCCGAUGAAGCACCCCCCGCAUCAGAUUUAAAUGUCGUUAGGCGCGAGGAGGAGCACUGGCCCGCCGCAGAGUACAACAGCUUCAUGGGGUACCCGCCAUUUUCCCGGGAUACGAAUUUCUUUACACUGGCCUCACCAGCAGGUGGAGAUAACACUGUCAAAUCGGAUGUGGCCAAGAUUGUUCGGUCUGAUGCAGAAGAAGCUGCUGCAAGCCCCGAUGGAGGGGCAACCGCUGAUAGUGCAGAUUCAGGUUACGUUUUUCGCCAGGGCUAUGUGGGCCACGGUACCACUCACGAGCAGCUUGGACAGAAGCACUGGCCCUCCGUGGAGUACACCAACUUCAAGGGGAGCGCGAUAUAUUCCCUGGAUCUGGCUUCGACCACCAAGGCCUUGAGCUUCGUUUACAACGUGACGCAUUUCAUCUAUGACAUGAUGGUCACCAACAGUCGAGCCCUGCCUCAGGGCUAUGUUGUGGCAACGGCCGAUGAAGAAUUGGUGCUCGGACCCAAGGUGAUACAGAACGAUUGGGCUGCACUGUUGGAUCGCUACUGGCUUCUGUUAAUUUUCGUUUUGUUCCUCUUGGCGUGGAUCGUUGUCAUACCCUUCGUUGGGUAGGUGGAGGGAGGUGCCUCAAGUGACCAGUUCGCAUGCCAUGACAUCUCAUCCUGCAGUAUAUGCUACUGCUGCCUCUGCUGCUGUCUAAGGUGCAAACAGGGCUGUAUGCAGUGCACGGCAUACAAGGACUUUCGGCGGCGCAUAU